UCAGAUCGAAUCAGGUCAAUUUUCGUUAAUUUCGGGUUAAAUUGACAUUCAUAGCGGCAACCCGCCGGAUAACCAAAAACCCUGGAGGUUUUAAUCCAUUUUUCCCUAAAACAUUAGCACUUGGGUUGUUGUAGGUAGUCUCUAAUGUCGAAGACAGAAUACGUGAGCCCUGAAGGUCUCCGAUUGGACGGUCGCCGUCCCAUGGAAAUGAGACAACUUCGUGCAGAGAUCGGUACCGUCGCCAAAGCUAAUGGCUCUGCUGUUUUUGAGAUGGGCAACACCAAAGUCAUUGCAGCAGUGUAUGGCCCUCGAGAGGUACAAAAUAGGAGCCAACAACUUAAUGACCAGGCAUUGGUGCGCUGUGAAUACAGUAUGGCUAAUUUUAGUACCGGAGAUCGAAUGAGGAAACCGAAGGGUGACAGGCGUUCGACAGAGAUAUCUCUUGUCAUCCGCCAGACCAUGGAGGCAUGCAUUUUGACUCAUCUAAUGCCUCGUUCUCAGAUAGAUAUAUUUGUUCAAGUUCUUCAAGCCGAUGGAGGAACUAGAUCAGCAUGUAUCAAUGCUGCAACUUUAGCCCUCGCAGAUGCUGGGAUCCCAAUGCUCGAUAUUGUCACUUCUUGCAGUGCUGGGUAUCUAAAUAGCACUCCUCUGCUAGAUUUGAACUACAUUGAAGACAGUGCUGGAGGCCCCGAUGUCACCGUAGGGAUCUUGCCUAAGUUGGACAAAGUGACUCUACUUCAGAUGGAUGCUAAGUUACCAGUGGAUAUCUUCGAAAAUGUCAUGGGACUUGCGGUUGAAGGCUGCAAGGCUGUAGCAAACUACAUUAGAGAAGUAUUACUAGAGAAUACCAAGCAACUGGAGUAUCGACGAGCCUAUAAAUCUUAUUAGCAGUGCAAGAAAAAU